UCUUUUUUUUCCCCUCACAAGUUUCCAAAUAAACCACGUCCCAGGCACAGACAGGGUCUGUGAUUCCCGUCUUGGGUGAGUCGGCUAAGCACAAAACGAUGCUGAAAUUUGUGAUAUUAUCCCUUUGCGUGGGCUUUGUGGUGGGCAGCUCAGUUCACAGAGGGGGACAUCUGGACAUCACCGAGACCCUGGAGGAGCAUGUGGCGCAGGGACAAACCACUUUAAACGAGAUGUUCAGAGAAGUGGAAAAACUGAUGGAGGACACGCAGCAAAAACUAGAAGAGGCUGUUCACCAGAUGGAGAACGAGUCUUCAAAAUCGCUGUUACAUGGACGAAACUUUCCUGCCAAUUAUCACAAUGAAACUACAACAGAGAUCAAGGUUGGAAAUCGGACUGUCCAGCUAAUAGAGAGAAUUGACAAGGAAACGGAUAAUAAGACUGGAAAGACUCAUUUUUCCAGAACUCUCAUUCAAAACACUGAAAGGUGGAAUGAAGUGGAUCAUGAGUGUAUGAUUGAUGAGGACUGUGGGGACGGCAGCUUCUGCCUGUAUGAGAUCAUCACCUCCAAAUGCAUCCCAUGCCAGACGACUAAUAUGGAGUGCACAAAGGAUGUGGAGUGUUGUGGAGAUCAGCUGUGUGUGUGGGGUGUUUGCGCUCAGAACAGAACCAAAGGACAGUCUGGAACCAUCUGCCAGUACCAGAGCGAAUGCAGUCCUCAACACUGCUGCGCCUUUCACAAAGCCUUGCUUUUCCCCGUUUGCCGCCCCAAGCCACAGGAAGGCCAGGGCUGCCACAAUCACCCCAAUCAGCUGAUGGAUCUGGUAAUGUGGGAUGAGGAGGGGCCGCUAGAGCACUGCCCCUGUGCAACAGGCCUGCACUGCCAGCCUCUCAAGAAUAAAUCAGUGUGUGUGGAUGAGAGAAACGCAAACUGAUCGCUCCCAACGAAACUGAACUUUCAUCAGUGUUGUAAUCUGUAAUUUUGUCUUUAUGUGUAACACUAAAGUGCCUUGUUUCUCAUCCUAAUUUAUGGGAGAAGCUUUAAUUUAUAAUUUUUGUGUGUGUGUGUUUGUGUGUAAUUUGUGUGCCACUACAUUACAUUAAAUAGAAUUACAAAUAGAAUGUUUUCAAAAAAGUAUAUGUUGUUAAAUAAUGACGACGUUCUGAAUAUGUGGACCUAACUGGGCAUUAUAUUCCUUUUAAAUAAAUAUGAUUUGUGGACA